UCCUUAAACCGAACGCAUUGAAUGAACAAACUUAAUUUAAAGUGCAAUGGAAAAUAGAGUUGAAGAAUCAUGUGUAUUUCGAGUGGUACGUUCUUGAGAAUUUUUGGCCGUUUCUUACUGAAAAGGCGACUAGCUCGAAAACAGAAGAAGUAUAAACGAUUUGAUGCGAAGAAGCUAAAGGUGACAUGGCGAAAACCACGUUAAUUUGGUUAAUCGGUAUAACGAUCAGUUUCUCGUGCGUAGCUACGUUCGAGCCCAGGGAGCAUAACGGUUUUUGCAUCGACAUGAACAUACACAGAAAGGCUCUGCUGUCGAAGUUGGAGAACUGUACAGUAGUGAUCGGGGACCUGAUAAUUUCCCCGCUAGAAAGGACGAAGCCUCAAGAUUUUAAGAAUGUUUUGUUUCCUAAAUUGAAAGAGGUGACAGGAUUUAUGGUUGUUUACCGUGUUUUCGGAUUAGAGACGCUGGGAAACCUGUUUCCAAAUCUGGCCAGGAUUCGGGGAAAUACUGUUUUAUAUAACUACGCGUUGGUUGUAUACGACAUGUCUGGAUUACGAGAGGUGGGGCUACAUAAUCUUCUCAAAAUCGACAGGGGCGGAGUAAUAAUCUGGGGCAAUCCCCUAACUUGCUUCGCCGACACGAUCGAUUGGAAUGCGAUCGCGCCAAGUUCGCGGCACGUCCUCAGAAUUCCCGAUCGAGAGGCUCGGUGUAAUUUCCAAUGCACCUGCUCGGACAUACCUUCUCGUAACCGCUGCUGGAAUAAUAGAAAAUGCCAGCGUUUUCUCGAAGGACCCGAGGGCGAGAAUUGCAGCAGCGAAUGCCUCGGGUGUCGGAAUACGAAUCACAGCAGCUGUUCCUUAUGUCGGAAUUACACGUUUAGAGGCGAAUGUGUCCCACGCUGUCCGGAUGACACAUACAUAUUAUCAGCAAGCAACUAUUGCCUUACAAAAGCCGAAUGCUUGAAUUUAAAACACUGGAUAUUUGACAACAAGUGUGUUUCGGAAUGUCCAAUUAAUUAUAAAAAGGAAAAACACAACAGCACUGUUGUCUGUGUUUAUUGCAAAGAUUGCCAAAAGAUAUGUCAAAAUCUCAGUAUACAGGACUUGUCCACAAUUCAACUGGCAGAAAAAUGUGUUUAUAUUCAAGGUUAUUUAAAAAUACACAUAUGGUCUUUGCCGCAAGUGGUCGAAGAACUGAGUUAUUACUUGAAAAACAUAAAGGAAGUGUCAAAGUAUGUUCUUAUUUAUAAUUCAAUGCAACUAACUUCAUUACAUUUUCUUUCAUCCCUCAAACGUAUUAGGGGUGAGGAAUUGUAUAAUGGCAGUUAUAGCCUACUAAUAUACGGCAUGCAAAAUCUUCAGAGCCUGUUUUUACCAAAUGUUACGCAAAACCUAAAAGUGGAUAAGGGUUUCCUAGGGAUGUAUCGAAACAGAAUGCUAUGUAUGAGUGAAAUAGAGAAACUAAAAACAACAUUUGAGGUAGCACCUCGUGAAAUUGACGUGCCUCCAGGAUUAAAUGGGUAUAGCGCUGGAUGUGAUGAAGUAUAUCCUAAUCUGAAGAUUGAAGUACAGAAUGAAACGUUUGCUAUUGCUACAUUUUAUCCAGUACCACAAGAUGAUAUUCAUUAUGCCCUUCUUUAUGUAAUAAUACCGCAUGGUUCCCAUUCAUCAAUGAUACCUGAAUCGUGUAGUGAUUCUGAAUGGUUCUCGGUUAAUAUCCCGAACACAACUGGAGGGACUGUCAAAGUGGAACUAUCAUCUUUGAGGCCUGCUACAACCUACGCUGUUUGUAUUGAAAAAUAUGAUUCAACGUCUCGACAUCUCGCACGAAGUAACAUAACCAACUUUACAACGGCAGUUGGUAAACCUGAACCACCGUUCAUAUUAGAACUAGUCGCAUCAUCAUUUAAUAUCAUUGUCAUAAGAUGGGUAAAUCAUUUAGAUUAUCGACCUUAUAUUACUAAAUAUGAACUAGAUGUCACUCUUGUUGAUAUUGAAGAUCACGACAUUACUGUACGUGACCAUUGUGUGUGGAUGGAUGAUGAUUUGUUUGAGAUAGAUUAUUCACGCCAUGCAAAAGUAAUGCGACCACCAAAUAAUUAUGAAAAGGGUUGCGAGUCUAUGUGUGGUGUCUUGUCUUCAGUCACAAAAGGAGCUAUGGUUGAAGAUUUCUUUGACGUAUGCAGUGCUAUAAAUGGUUGUGACCAUGAGAUAGAAAGACCUAAAAAUUCAAGUUCUCGAGGUGUUGUUAAAAAUUUAUCUUUAGACUUAGAAGGCGAUAGAAAUAAUAGCUAUCAAAUUGGAGGUUUACUUCCUUACAGAGAUUACAGAUUCUAUUUAAGAGCUUGUACUAAGGAUCGAUGCAGCACCUCUGCUAGAGGCAUCGUUAGAACUUUGCGGCUUGAAAGUGCUGAUAUAGCGUCUAUUACUUUUGCUAGUGCCAAUAAAUCAGGCUUUAUUGAUAUUAAAUGGGACCCACCGACACGAACCAAUGGACCGCUGUUAUCGAAUACACUUGAAGUCUUGCAUUCAGAUGCACAAAUUUAUGAUAUAAAUCAUUUAUUACCUAAAACCUGGUGUGUUCCUGGGAACAUAACAAGCAUACAAAUUAAAUCAAACGUUGCGGAGAAAUACCUUAUAAGGAUAUGUUCUACGACACUUGGAAAUGCUUACAUUUGCAACGACUGGAAGAAAGUUGUGGUUCAAACGGAGUAUGAAUUCGUUUGGUGGUGGAGUGCCUUAUUUUUUGGAAUCAUCUUGCCAAUAUUUUCAUGCAUUUUGGCCUGGCGUUAUUCUGUUAAAGUUGAGGAUACUGAAAAUAUACCUUUGGUUGAUAUUACAUCUACUUUGAGACAAGAAGCGGAGGCUCCAGCCUCUAUGUUUUCAGAUUUUAUGCCGAGCAAUUAUAUUUCAUUGAGUGAUUUGCAUUUUGAAUGAAUUAUUAAAAUAACAAAAUUGUGUUUCUUCGGUUGGCAGUUAAAUUUGAAUUAGCUUUUAAU